AAAGAAAAUAGAUUCAACAAUAUGGACACACAGAAAAUGUUACUUGAAAUCAGCAAUAUUUGGAGAUAGCGAUAUCGUGACAAAUUCUUGUAAAAGGAUAGUGACUUUAUUUGAAGACAGUCAUUGGAAAAUUGGAUAGCUUAUGAGCGGCGGAGUGGCGACUUUCGUCCAAUAACAGAAGCGCAAAUAUCGAGAGGCGGGACUUGUAUGCAAAUUUAAUGAAUAUUGGAUGUGCAUGAAGUUUUUUGUGUUGAUUUAAGUGUUGUAUAGCUGAGUUUAUUUCGAGUUGUUAGAUGGUACAUGAUCAGUUGUUCCAGCAUAUUUAUCUGAAAAUUACCCCUAAUCAAACACUGAAGUUGAAUUGGAGUUAUUAGCAGUAUUAGACGCUAUAAGACAGUUGACGAAAUUACAGCACAGCAAUCAAGCCAUCAAUUGUGAGACGUCAUUAAGGCUGAUUAGUGCUGUUGAUAUAACUGGACUUUUAUUUUUUAUUUACAUACUUUCUAAUUUUAAUUGGAUGUGCACAGAAAUUAAGUGGACUUAGAUAACGGUACGUGUGUAUGGGAAUGCACGGAAUUUGGGACGGAGGACGGGUUUCUAUGACCUGCAAUCUACAUUGUUUACAUUCGCAGAGGUGUAUACGUGAAUCGAACACCAAUCAAUAAACAUGUGUUUUAAGAAGUGCUAAACAUAAUAGUUUUUGUUUUUACCUACUUUAUUAACUGUGAAUCUGGUUUCUAUAGAAUCUAGUGCUAAACUUUAGUAACGUAAAUACUUUUACAGCAAUGUUGAACAUUGGAGGAGUUCCCGAGGGUAUGGACCCGGAAAUGGCACAUCAGCACCAGAAGUCGGCUUUCAUGGAGUUACAGAACCAAGGCAUGGGUGGUCCCGGGAUGGGACACCCGGCGUACCCGAUCCGAUCCUCAUACCAGCCCCACCCACACAGCGGACAGUACGAUCAAUUGUCAACCUCACAGUCGUCAAGGGGACUAGCGUACCCCUUUCCUAUGAACUCGAUGGCAAUGUCACCUAGUUCUUAUAACCAUGGAGGACCCGGGCAUCCGUUUUCAAUGCCGCCGUACCAUCAGGCGGCCUCGCCGCCAAGAGACGACAAACCCAAUAUGGAAGAUUUACGGAUGACUAAGGGCAAGAAAAUGCGAAAGCCGCGCACGAUAUACUCGAGUCUCCAACUUCAACAACUGAACAGACGGUUCCAGCGGACCCAGUAUCUAGCACUUCCGGAACGAGCCGAACUAGCUGCUUCAUUAGGACUCACGCAAACACAGGUAAAGAUAUGGUUCCAGAACAGGCGGUCCAAAUAUAAGAAGAUCAUGAAGCAGAGUCCAGGCACCACACCAAGUCAAAUGUCUUUGGGAAAUCCAGGAUCUGUGACACCCCAGCCUCAACAGCAGUCCCAGGCUUCUCCUCCGCCUCCUCCACACUCAUCAGAGAUCCCAACUUCCCAGCAUGGACAAGGAGGUCAUCAACAGCAGCAACAACAACAUAAUAAUAACAACAGUGUCCCUAAUGGACAUCAUCAUUCCAUGAUGCCCCCACAGUCCUCAUCCGUCAGUCCUCAACCUGAAAUGAAAUGGUCGGAAAUAAAUAACAUGAACCCAUCGUCGGCGGGCAAUGCUUACAUGUCGGGCAUGCCUCCGAUGUCUGCUAUGGCACCUCACCAUUAUUCUUGGUACUCUCAGCCACACCAGCAGUCUCUUCUAACUUAAUUGUAGCUCAUUAAAGACAUUUUAGACUUCUUCAGUUUUGUUUAUUAUUUCGAGUUUAAAAUAAGCUUCAAAAAAGCUCUUGCCCCAGAAUAAAUCUGGUCUGGAAAACAGUUCGAGCAAGCUUAUUGUUUAUUUGAUCAGAUGUGAAUAAAACACAGACGAAACCGAGGAU